AUGGCCCCGAUUGGGCAGCCCGUCGUUGCCGACGAAAUGAUGGAGAUAGAGUCUGAUUUUCAAGACUGGACAUUGGAGCUCGAUGUCAUGAAUAAGCAGUAUGGCGCUCUGCAAGCUGCUGAAGAUGUCACCCUCCAAACAACAAUCACAGCCAUCGAGAACCAGAUCCGUGCCGAUGCGGAUGGACUAAUCGCGAACCUCAACGCGUACAUGCAGCAAUGCUUGGAGAAGAUGCGGCAGGAAAUGGCCACAUCUGUCUCUAGGCAAGUACAGCAACAUCUACAACUAGAGAAGACAAAGGUCGAGUUCGAGGCACGGAGACGACAGCGGAGCGAGGCAAAGAAGAAGCAAAUUGUCGAGCUCUUCGACAAGCACCACUUUCCCCCCAGUUCUCAUAAGAAAGAGAAGCAGUUGACACUUUCCAAGCGCAAGGGCGAGACAUUCACUUCCGGUCCGGCAGAUACAGUAAAACGAGCCCGAGUAGAGCAAUCAAGAGAUGAGGAAACCACCGCUUCCGCCGAGAGACAGAUGCCGAAUUCGCCUCAGCGUCGUUCUUCUCGAUCGGCAGCUGCCCAGCGUACCGUUUCGUUUGCUGAGGUCUAUCAAGACGGCCAAGCUGAACAUAAACACCAGAUCUUAGAGUAUAUAGAAGGCAGUGGGAAAUUCUACAUCCUCAAGUGCGAAGAGCAUCACGUCCACUUCGGCAGCAAUCCACUUGCUGGUGCAGCGAAACAUCUUUCAAGCUCUCAGCACCAUAAGCUCCCGAAAACACAUGAGCUCGCCAUCGAGAAGCUUGGAUAUCUUGUCUACGACUGCACCCGCGAGCUUGCAGAUAAGAACAACGCCCGCUUCACUGAAGCUAUCAGGAAAGGAUACGAACCAUUUAACGCCAAUAGGCUGACAAAAGCCGAGAAGAUGGCUCGUGGAAUUGACAUCACUGAUUCUCCUAAUUCCCAUCAAGAAACCCCUACGAGUAAGGGCAAAUGGUCGGAAUCGGUUGAUGGAGGGCCGACGUCAGAGAAGCAGUUCAAGGGCAUCACGGACGCGAAAUACGGCAAUCUCUACCUGGGAUAUUGGCCGAAAGAUAAGACUAGAUAUCCCGUCAUUGUGUUGCCACUUGGGGAUCUCAAAGCCGCGGGACUUCAGGGUACACUUCUUGGAACCUCUCUCCGAAAAACCGUCCCCAAGUGCUAUGUCGUGACGCGACCAACGCCGGACACGAAAGUCAUUAGUGGGUGGGCCAAAGGGUACGAGGAUGGUGGCCCAUUGGUCACAAAGCGGGAGUUCCCUGUCAUGUAUUUUGACAAACAGUUCUUGGUCGGUUGGAUUGCAGCGAGACAUCUCAGCAGGUUCGAUUUCGAGGAUCCGAAUCCAGAAGCCUACCCAGAAUACUUCCAAGCACGCGAUUAUUGGGCUAGAAUUCAAGACGAUCAGUGUACUAACUACGAUGACUGGGUAAAGCGUGGUUCCAUCAGGAACCCUACCGAGUCACCAUCACCAUCGAACUCUGGAGGGGCUAGUCCGGUUGCUGGCAACGAAAAUGGCACUACCGAGUCCACGGUAUCACCUGCCGAGGUGCCUAGAUCUACCGAUGCUUCUGAUGGUAAAUUGGACCAGGAAAUGAUUGAUAUCGGAAAUGUCCGCGCGGAUGGCAGUACCGAGAAGUCUGUGGCCGGUCAGAGUCGUCCCGACGAAACUGUGGAUGUUGACAUGGAUCUGGGAAAUGACAGCUACCCUCAGUAUUAA